GCACCUCUACACAGGUAUUUACAAUACUUUUCAUUUCAGUGAUUUAGUCAUAGAUUUAAGGCAAAUAUGGGAAUUUUCUUAAAUUAUACUGAUUUCUUUCUUUCUUUUUGUCACAGAUAAUCACAGACGAGGGAUGUAUCUGCAGAUGACCCUGGAUGGGAGAGUGUCAGGAAGUGAGGCUCAGACACCUUACAGUGUGCUAGAGCUGAAAUCAGUUAAACCAGGCCAUAUAGUCAUCAAGGGACAGUCGUCAUCUCUGUUUCUCUGUGUGGACAGUGGAGGCCAUCUGAGGGGGCAGAGGCUCUACACAGAGGCUGACUGCACCUUCAGAGAACUGCUGCUGGCAGAUGGAUACACGCGUUUCCUUUCCUCGCACCAUGGAUUUCCUGUGUCUCUGGCAUCAAAGCAUUCCCCAGAUCGAAACACAGUACCCUUCACUCGAUUCCUACCACUUAGGAAUACCUUGGCAGGGGAGAGUGGGUCUGAACAACCACCAAACAAUCAGAGAUAUUUCAACAUGGACUCUGAUGAUCUUCUUGGAAUGGGUCUAAACACUAUGGUCAGUCCUCAGUUCUCACUGGACAAGUAA